CAAGAAAUUUUUCUCAAAACUUCCCAGCGAGAGGCUGGCGGGAACAUGAGGGGCGUGACCUCGCUGGUCCACCCAAUAACUCACUGGUGCCAAAUUCUAAACCUCAGGCUUAGAAAGGGGGCGUGGUCUUCUGGGGUGUGCGGGCUCCUGGCCAAUGGGUGUUGUGAAGGGCGUGGCCCGUGGGGGAUGAGGGGGCUCCUCGGGUCUUUUCCCCCCAGCCUGGCUUCACCAGAUCCUCCGGAGCCCUGCCGCUCUCGGGCUCCUUGGCUUGUUGCUCUCCUGUGCCUCCAGCUCCUGAGACGAGAUGCCGUCCGGCUUCCAACAGAUCGGCUCAGAAGAAGGGGAACCUCCUCAGCAACGAGUCACUGGGACUCUGAUCCUCUCCGUAUUCUCUGCUGUGCUUGGCUCUCUGCAGUUUGGCUACAACAUUGGGGUCAUCAAUGCCCCUCAGAAGGUGAUUGAACAGAGCUACAAUGAGACAUGGCUGGCGAGGCAGGGGCCUCAGGGACCAGGCUCCAUCCCCCCAGGCACCCUCACCACCCUCUGGUCUCUCUCGGUGGCCAUCUUUUCUGUGGGCGGCAUGAUCUCCUCCUUUCUCAUCGGUGUCAUCUCUCAGUGGCUGGGAAGGAAGAGGGCAAUGCUGAUCAACAACACCCUGGCAGUGCUAGGAGGCACCCUCAUGGGCCUGGCCAAUGCUGCUGCCUCCUAUGAGAUGCUUAUUCUUGGACGGUUCCUCAUUGGCGCCUACUCAGGGCUGACGUCAGGGCUUGUGCCAAUGUAUGUGGGGGAGAUCGCCCCCACUCACUUGCGGGGUGCCUUGGGGACGCUCAACCAACUGGCCAUCGUCAUUGGCAUUCUGAUUGCCCAGGUGCUAGGCUUGGAGUCCAUGCUGGGCACUGCCACCCUAUGGCCACUGCUCCUGGGCAUCACAGUGCUGCCUGCCCUCCUGCAGCUCGUUCUGCUGCCCUUCUGCCCAGAAAGCCCCCGCUACCUCUAUAUCAUCCGGAACCUGGAGGGGCCUGCCAAAAAGAGUCUGAAGCGCCUGACAGGCUGGGCUGAUGUGUCUGGAGCACUGGCUGAGCUGAAGGAAGAGAAGCGGAAGCUGGAGCGCGAGCGGCCACUGUCCCUGCUGCAGCUCUUGGGCAGCCGUACCCACCGGCAGCCCCUAGUUAUUGCAGUUGUGCUGCAGCUGAGCCAGCAGCUCUCAGGCAUCAAUGCUGUUUUCUAUUAUUCGACCAGCAUCUUCGAGACAGCAGGGGUAGGGCAGCCAGCCUAUGCCACCAUAGGAGCCGGUGUAGUCAACACAGUUUUCACCUUGGUCUCGGUAUUCUUGGUGGAACGGGCUGGGCGCCGGACACUCCAUCUCCUGGGCCUGGCGGGAAUGUGUGGCUGCGCCAUCUUGAUGACUGUGGCUCUGCUUCUGCUGGAGCGGGUUCCAGCCAUGAGCUAUGUCUCCAUCGUGGCCAUCUUCGGCUUUGUGGCAUUCUUUGAGAUUGGCCCUGGCCCCAUCCCCUGGUUCAUUGUGGCCGAGCUCUUCAGCCAGGGUCCCCGCCCAGCAGCCAUGGCUGUGGCUGGUUUCUCCAACUGGACAUGCAACUUCCUCAUCGGCAUGGGUUUCCAGUAUGUUGCGGAUGCUAUGGGUCCCUACGUCUUCCUUCUAUUUGCGGUCCUCCUGCUUGGCUUCUUCAUCUUCACCUUCUUAAAAGUGCCUGAAACCCGAGGCCGGACCUUUGACCAGAUCUCAGCCGCCUUCCACCGGACAGCCUCUCUUUUAGAGCAGGAGGUGAAGCCCAGCACGGAACUUGAGUACUUAGGGCCUGAUGAGAAUGACUGAGGGGCCAGGCAGGGGUGGGAGAGCCAGUUCUGUCCCCAGAGACCCCUCCUUUCCUCUGCAGCACUUUAACCCUCUCUUCCCCAUCACUUCCAGGGUAGAGAAAGUCCCUGCAGCCUGGUGGAAUUGGGAAGCUGGAGGGAGAGGUGGUUGGAGCACCCCCUCAUUCCCCUAGGAUCCUCAUUCUCUUGGAUUAUUUAUGUGUUGUGGUUACACUGUGGCCAUUGGGAUGGGCCAUUCUCCCCUCUGAUCCCCUUCCUCCUUCCUCCAUAGUCCACACCAUCCCCACCCCUACCCAGCCUAAGUUCCAGAAUACUUUUUCCUCUCCUGGAGAGAAGAGGGAUUAGAGGGAGGAAGGGCUCUAGGACUGAUUUUAGUGGGGGUUAACUGAAGCACAAAGCAGGGCAGAGCAGGACUGGAGGUUUCCUGCCACUUUGGACUCCUCUCACUCUCUGGCACUUUCCUGAAUUCUUGCAACAUAGAACAUGGGUGAAGAAGGGUCUGUUUUGACCCCUCCAUGGCAAAGGACACACCCUCCCAAGGUCUAACCUCACCUCUCUCACAGCACGCUCAGUCUUCUCACUCAACCUUCCAGGCAAGAGGGAACACAUGCCCAUAUGUGAUGAGAGGAAGGGACAGCAAGCUCCGCCUUAGGACUCCAGGCCCUACCCCAACUGCUUCCCAAGGCUGCCAAGUGGGGGCCCAGCUCUUUCCUGCUCUCCCAUCCUGGAAGGGUGUUGUACCCGCAGGCUUUUGACCAACUAAGGGAAAGAGGGAUUUGAAAGGCUGCCUGUAAACACUGGGCUGGGAGGAGCCUUGGGAUAUUUUUGUAUAUGUUUGAAAAAGAAGAGUUAGGGAGAAGAAACUGAAAGUCUGUUGUACUAAAUGUAAAUAUAUAGAUACGUAUAUAAAGUCACUGUAUGAGACAAG